AUGUUGGAUAUAGAUGAUGAGCCACCACGAGACUCAGUAGGAACUAUUAGAGAAUGGGCUGAUGAGCGCUCUAAUGGGAUGUUGGAUAUAGAUGAUGAGCCACCGGCAGACUCAGUUGGAAUUUUGGAUAUAGAUGAUGAGCCACCACCAGACUCAGUAGAAACUAUUAGAGAAUGGGCUGAUGAGCGCUCUAAUAAGAAGUUGGAUAUAGAUGAUGAACCACCAGCAGACUCAGUAGAAACUAUUAGACAAUGGACUGAUGAGCGCUCUAAUGAGAUGUUGGAUAUCGACAAUGAGCCACCGGCAGACUCAUUGGUUAUAGAUGAUGAUCCACCAGCAGACUCAGUAGAAACUAUUAGAGAAUGGGCCGAUGAGCGCUCUAAUGAGAAGUUGGAUAUAGAUGAUGAGCCACCAGCAGACUCAGUAGAAACUAUUAGAGAAUGGGCUGAUGAGCGCUCUAAUGCGAAGUUGGAUAUAGAUGAUGAGCCACCGGCAGACUCAUUGGAUAUAGAUGAUGAGCCACCACCAGACUCAGUAGAAACUAUUAGACGUUGGGCUGAUGAGCGCUCUAAUGAGAAGUUGGAUAUAUAUGAUGAGCCACCACCAGACUCAGGAGAAUCUAUUAGAGAAUUUGCUGAUGAGCGUUCUAAUGAGAAGUUGGAUAUAGAUGAUGAGCCACCACCAGACUCAGUAGAAUCUAUUAGAGAAUUGGCUGAUGAGCGCUCUAAUGGGAAGUUAGAUAUAGAUGAUGAGCCACCACCAGACUCAGUAGAAACUAUUAGAGAAUGGGCUGAUGAGCGCUCUAAUGGGAAGUUGGAUAUAGAUGAUGAGCCACCGGCAGACUCAGUAGAAACUAUUAGAGAAUGGGCUGAUGAGCGCUCUAAUGGGAAGUUGGAUAUAGAUGAUGAGCUACCGGCAGACUCAGUAGAAACUAUUAGAGAAUGGGCUGAUGAGCGCUCUAAUGAGAUGUUGGAUAUAGAUGAUGAGCCACCACCAGACACAGUAGAAACUAUUAGAGAAUGGGCUGAUGAGCGCUCUAAUCAGAAGUUGGAUAUAGAUGAUGAACCACCAGCAGACUCAGUAGAAACUAUUAGAGAAUGGGCUGAUGAGCGCUCUAAUGAGAAGUUGGAUAUAGAUAAUGAGCCACCGGCAGACUCAGCAGAAACUAUUAGAGAAUGGGCUGAUGAGCACUCUAAUGUGAAGUUGGAUAUAGACGAUGAGCCACCGGCAGACUCAGUAGAAACUAUUAGAGAAUGGGCUGAUGGGCGCUCUAAUGGGAAGUUGGAUAUAGAUGAUGAGACACCGGCAGACUCAGUGGAAACUAUUAGAGAAUGGGCUGAUGAGGGCUCUAAUGGGAAGUUGGAUAUAGAUGAUGAGCUACCGGCAGACUCAGUAGAAACUAUUAGAGAAUGGGCUGGUGAGCGUUCUAAUGAGAUGUUGGAUAUAGAUGAUGAGCCACCACCAGACACAGUAGAAACUAUUAGAGAAUGGGCUGAUGAGCGCUCUAAUGAGAAGUUGGAUAUAGAUGAUGAACCACCAGCAGACUCAGUAGAAACUAUUAGAGAAUGGGCUGAUGAGCGCUCUAAUGAGAAGUUGGAUAUAGAUAAUGAGCCACCGGCAGACUCAGCAGAAACUAUUAGAGAAUGGGCUGAUGAGCACUCUAAUGAGAAGUUGGAUAUAGAUGAUGAGCCACCGGCAGACUCAGUAGAAACUAUUAGAGAAUGGGCUGAUGGGCGCUCUAAUGGGAAGUUGGAUAUAGAUGAUGAGCCACCGGCAGACUCAGUAGAAACUAUUAGAGAAUGGGCUGAUGAGCGCUCUAGUGAGAAGUUAGUUAUAGAUGAUGAGCCACCAGCAGACUCAGUAGAAACUAUUAGAGAAUGGGCCGAUGAGCGCUCUAAUGAGAAGUUGGAUAUAGAUGAUGAGCCACCAGCAGACUCAGUAGAAACUAUUAGAGAAUGGGCAGAUGAGCGCUCUAAUGCGAAGUUGGAUAUAGAUGAUGAGCCACCUGCAGACUCAUUGGAUAUACAUGAUGAGCCACCACCAGACUCAGUAGAAACUAUUAGAGAAUUGGCUGAUGAGCGCUCUAAUGGGAAGUUAGAUAUAGAUGAUGAGCCACCACCAGACUCAGUAGAAACUAUUAGAGAAUGGGCUGAUGAGCGCUCUAAUGGGAAGUUGGAUAUAGAUGAUGAGCCACCGGCAGACUCAGUAGAAACUAUUAGAGAAUGGGCUGAUGAGCGCUCUAAUGGGAAGUUGGAUAUAGAUGAUGAGCUACCGGCAGACUCAGUAGAAACUAAUAGAGAAUGGGCUGAUGAGCGCUCUAAUGAGAUGUUGGAUAUAGAUGAUGAGCCACCACCAGACACAGUAGAAACUAUUAGAGAAUGGGCUGAUGAGCGCUCUAAUGAGAAGUUGGAUAUAGAUGAUGAACCACCAGCAGACUCAUUGGAUAUAGAUAAUGAGCCACCGGCAGACUCAGCAGAAACUAUUAGAGAAUGGGCUGAUGAGCACUCUAAUGUGAAGUUGGAUAUAGAUGAUGAGCCACCGGCAGACUCAGUAGAAACUAUUAGAGAAUGGGCUGAUGGGCGCUCUAAUGGGAAGUUGGAUAUAGAUGAUGAGACACCGGCAGACUCAGUGGAAACUAUUAGAAAAUGGGCUGAUGAGCGCUCUAAUGGGAAGUUGGAUAUAGUUGAUGAGCUACCGGCAGACUCAGUAGAAACUAUUAGAGAAUGGGCUGAUGAGCGUUCUAAUGAGAUGUUGGAUAUAGAUGAUGAGCCACCACCAGACACAGUAGAAACUAUUAGAGAAUGGGCUGAUGAGCGCUCUAAUGGGAAGUUAGAUAUAGAUGAUGAGCCACCACCAGACUCAGUAGAAACUCUUAGAGAAUGGGCUGAUGAGCGCUCUAAUGGGAAGUUGGACAUAGAUGAUGAGCCACCACCAGACUCAGUAGAAACUAUUAGAGAAUGGGCUGAUGAGCGCUCUAAUGAGAAGUUGGAUAUAGAUGAUGAGCCACCACCAGACACAGUAGAAACUAUUAGAGAAUGGGCUGAUGAGCGCUCCAAUGAGAAGUUGGAUAUAGAUGAUGAACCACCAGCAGACUCAGUAGAAACAAUUAGAGAAUGGGCUGAUGAGCGCUCUAAUGUGAAGUUGGAUAUAGAUAAUGAGCCACCGGCAGACUCAGCAGAAACUAUUAGAGAAUGGGCUGAUGAGCACUCUAAUGUGAAGUUGGAUAUAGAUGAUGAGCCACCGGCAGACUCAGUAGAAACUAUUAGAGAAUGGGCUGAUGGGCGCUCUAAUGGGAAGUUGGAUAUAGAUGAUGAGACACCGGCAGACUCAGUGGAAACUAUUAGAGAAUGGGCUGAUGAGCGCUCUAAUGGGAAGUUGGAUAUAGAUGAUGAGCUACUGGCAGACUCAGUAGAAACUAUUAGAGAAUGGGCUGGUGAGCGUUCUAAUGAGAUGUUGGAUAUAGAUGAUGAGCCACCACCAGACACAGUAGAAACUAUUAGAGAAUGGGCUGAUGAGCGCUCUAAUGAGAAGUUGGAUAUAGAUGAUGAACCACCAGCAGACUCAGUAGAAACUAUUAGAGAAUGGGCUGAUGAGCGCUCUAAUGAGAAGUUGGAUAUAGAUAAUGAGCCACCGGCAGACUCAGCAGAAACUAUUAGAGAAUGGGCUGAUGAGCACUCUAAUGAGAAGUUGGAUAUAGAUGAUGAGCCUCCGGCAGACUCAGUAGAAACUAUUAGAGAAUGGGCUGAUGGGCGCUCUAAUGGGAAGUUGGAUAUAGAUGAUGAGCCACCGGCAGACUCAGUAGAAACUAUUAGAGAAUGGGCUGAUGAGCGCUCUAGUGAGAAGUUAGUUAUAGAUGAUGAGCCACCAGCAGACUCAGUAGAAACUAUUAGAGAAUGGGCCGAUGAGCGCUCUAAUGAGAAGUUGGAUAUAGAUGAUGAGCCACCAGCAGACUCAGUAGAAACUAUUAGAGAAUGGGCUGAUGAGCGCUCUAAUGCGAAGUUGGAUAUAGAUGAUGAGCCACCUGCAGACUCAUUGGAUAUACAUGAUGAGCCACCACCAGACUCAGUAGAAACUAUUAGAGAAUUGGCUGAUGAGCGCUCUAAUGGGAAGUUAGAUAUAGAUGAUGAGCCACCACCAGACUCAGUAGAAACUAUUAGAGAAUGGGCUGAUGAGCGCUCUAAUGGGAAGUUGGAUAUAGAUGAUGAGCCACCGGCAGACUCAGUAGAAACUAUUAGAGAAUAUGCUGAUGAGCGCUCUAAUGGGAAGUUGGAUAUAGAUGAUGAGCUACCGGCAGACUCAGUAGAAACUAUUAGAGAAUGGGCUGAUGAGCGCUCUAAUGAGAUGUUGGAUAUAGAUGAUGAGCCACCACCAGACACAGUAGAAACUAUUAGAGAAUGGGCUGAUGAGCGCUCUAAUGAGAAGUUGGAUAUAGAUGAUGAACCACCAGCAGACUCAGUAGAAACUAUUAGAGAAUGGGCUGAUGAGCGCUCUAAUGAGAAGUUGGAUAUAGAUAAUGAGCCACCGGCAGACUCAGCAGAAACUAUUAGAGAAUGGGCUGAUGAGCACUCUAAUGUGAAGUUGGAUAUAGAUGAUGAGCCACCGGCAGACUCAGUAGAAACUAUUAGAAAUGGGCUGAUGGGCGCUCUAAUGGGAAGUUGGAUAUAG